CAAAAGCUAAUAGCAACUCUCACUGUUCUUGAGAAAACGAAACAACUCUCCCUUUUCUUCUCAAAAAUCUUCUUCAAUCGUCUUUUCUCCAAUCAGUUUCGAAAUUAACACAUUGACAAAAUUUGAAACCCCAACAACUCUCUGUUUCGCUUUUAGACUGUUCCUGUCUCGCCUCGAAAAAGACCUGCACUUCACUUCCCACACACUAUAAACCCUCCGAACAAAAGUCUUCGGCAUCAAUAGUUUCCCUGAAGAAAAAAAGAUCAUUCAUUGUCUCAGUGGCGUCUGUGAACUCGAAAGCUCUUAGCUUUAUCUCGAAAAGCUUUGCAAUUUAGGGUUUAGGGUUGGCCAAAUUGCUUAAACGGAAGAUACGUUUUGCUCUUCUCAAUUCGCUUUCACAAUGUUGCUUCAAUCACAAGUUGUGGAAGCUCUACUCUUUUUGGGACAUGAGCAUGUGACUCUCUGAGUCUUCUUCUUCUUCAAGAGCCCUUAACUCUAGAGAAGACUCUUGUCUCUGUUGGUUUAAGUCAUGGUGAUCAUUCUCCUAUUGCUAGUCUUCUUUCUUGGUUCAUCUCUGAGCCAACCAACGCUCACAUGCCACCCCAGCGACUUAACUGCUCUCAGGGAGUUCGCGGGAGCGUUGAAGAACAUGUCCGUUACUGAAUCUUGGCUAAACGAUUCAAGCUGUUGUGAGUGGGGUGGUGUUGUCUGUGAUGAUGUUUCUAGUCGAGUUACAAAGCUGGUUCUGUCUGAAAAGGGCUUGGAAGGUGAAGUUUCGAGUUCUUUAAGCGAGCUGAGUGAGCUUCAGUUACUUGAUCUCUCUCAUAACCACCUCAAAGGCGAAUUGCCGUCAGAGAUCUCCAAGCUGCAGCAGCUUCAAGUUCUUGACUUGAGCCAUAAUAUGCUUACCGGGAAUCUAUCCAAUCUCGGAGUGUUCCCUCGUCUUGUGAUGCUUAACGUAAGCAACAACUUGUUGGAAGGCGAGAUUCAUCCUCAGAAGCUGAGUAACCUCACUGCUCUCAAGUCUCUCUUGAUAUCCGAGAACAGGUUCUCCGGUGAGAUACCAGAUGUCUUUGGUAACCUCACUCACCUUGAGCAUCUCGACCUAAGCUCCAACAAGUUUUCUGGACAUUUUCCUUCAAGUUUAUCUCAAUGCUCCAAACUCAAGGUUCUUGAUCUUAGGAACAACUCGUUAACCGGUUCUGUCGAUCUCAACUUCACUGUAUUUCAAGAUCUCUGCGUUCUUGAUCUCGCUAGCAAUCACUUCUCCGGACCUCUUCCUGAUUCUCUCGGCCGUUGCUCCAAUAUGAAGAUCUUAAGCUUAGCCAAAAACGGGUUCACCGGGGAAAUCCCCAACACGUUCAAAAAUUUAAAGUCUCUUUUGUUCCUCUCCUUAUCCAACAACAGCUUUGUGAACUUGUCAGAAGCAAUGAGAGUGCUGCAGCAUUGCGGAAACCUCUCUACUCUCAUCCUCUCAAAGAACUUUAUCCAAGAGGAAGUUCCUAGAGAUGUCACAGGCUUCGACAACCUCACCAUCUUAUCCCUCGGAAACUGCGGUCUCAGAGGUCACAUUCCGAGCUGGCUGCUGAGCUGCAAGAAGCUGCAGGUUCUUGAUCUCUCUUGGAACCACUUCUACGGAGCCAUCCCUAGCUGGAUCGGUCAGAUGGAGAGUCUCUUCUACAUAGACUUCUCCAACAACACAUUAACCGGAACAAUCCCUGUGGCCUUAACCAAUCUCAAGAGUUUAAUUCAUCUAAACUGCAACGACUCUCAGAUGAUAGACUCUUCAGGGAUCCCUCUCUACGUGAAGAGAAACAAAAGCUCUCACGGUCUUCCUUACAACCAAGUCUCGAGAUUCCCUCCGUCUAUCUACUUAAACAAUAACAGACUCAACGGCACGAUCUUGCGUGAGAUAGGACGGUUGAAAGAGCUUCACAUGCUGGAUUUGAGCAGGAACAGCUUCACCGGGGAGAUACCUGACUCCAUCUCUGGUCUCGACAACCUGGAGCUUCUUGAUUUGUCUUACAAUCAUCUCAACGGCUCCAUUCCUCUCUCCUUUCAAAGCCUCACUUUCUUGUCGAGGUUCAGCGUUGCUUAUAACCGUCUCGCCGGCCCCAUUCCUUCCGGUGGUCAGUUCUACAGCUUCCCUCACUCGAGCUUUGAAGGAAACUUGGGACUCUGCCGCGCCAUCGACUCUCCUUGCGAUGUUCUCAUGAGUAACAUCUUGAAACCUAAAGGCGGUGCUUCUUCUUCGCGUGGUAAUGGAAAGUUCGGUAGAAGCAGCAUUGUUGUAUUGACUAUAAGCCUUGCCGUGGGGAUCACGCUUCUUCUCGCUGCUAUUCUCCUAAGACUCUCAAGAAAAGAGGCUGAUGAUAAUGAUAGAGUCACCGACGUUGACGAGGAAGCUCCUAAAGCUCCCACGUCGUCGAAGAUAGUUCUCUUCCAUAGCUGUGGAUGCAAAGACCUGAGCGUAGCGGAUCUUCUCAAGUCUACAAACGGUUUCAGCCAAGCCAACAUCAUCGGAUGCGGCGGGUUUGGUCUUGUCUACAAGGCCAAUCUACCCGACGGCUCGAAAGCAGCUGUCAAGAGGCUUUCAGGAGACUGCGGGCAGAUGGAACGCGAGUUCCAAGCCGAAGUCGAAGCGUUGUCUCGAGCUGAACACAAGAAUCUCGUCUCUCUCCAAGGCUACUGCAAGCACGGGAACGAUAGGCUGCUCAUCUACUCGUUUAUGGAGAACGGGAGCUUGGACUAUUGGCUCCACGAGCGUGUCGAUGCAAACGCCUCUCUCAAGUGGGACGUGAGGUUGAAGAUAGCUAAAGGAGCGGCGCGUGGGCUUGCUUACUUGCAUAAAGACUGUGAGCCUAACGUUAUCCACAGAGACGUGAAGUCGUCUAAUAUUUUAUUAGACGAGAGCUUCGAAGCUCAUCUUGCGGAUUUCGGGUUAGCUAGGCUGCUUAGGCCUUACGAUACUCACGUGACGACUGAUUUGGUGGGGACGUUGGGGUAUAUUCCUCCAGAGUAUAGCCAGUCUUUGAUAGCCACGUGUAGAGGAGAUGUUUAUAGUUUUGGUGUGGUGCUUUUGGAGCUUGUUACGGGUAGGAGGCCGGUGGAAGUGUGUAAAGGGAAGAGCUGUAGAGAUUUGGUGUCUAGGGUGUUUCAGAUGAAGGCUGAGAAGCGUGAGGCUGAGCUUAUCGAUGCGACGAUGCGCGAUGAUGUGGAGGAGAAGGAGGUUUUGGAGAUGUUGGAGAUUGCGUGCAGAUGCAUUGAUCGUGACCCUAGAAGGAGACCGUUGAUUGAAGAGGUUGUUGCUUGGCUUGAAAAUGUUCCAGUAGAGUCUGUUAAACAACAGUGUUAAUCCUUUUUAAGGAUCUUUGUUAGUUCUUUAAUGUAGAUCACUGGUUUUGGUUAGAGAAACUUGGGGUAUACAUGUAAAGCUAUGAACUUUUGUUGA